UUGCGAGUUGUACGAUGCGAGAGUUUGUGAAAGAAACAGGCAGCAGCAGCAGCAGUAGCGGUGGCAGAGUCGGACACGCUUGCGCCCCCGACCGAGCGUGAGGCAGGUUGCAGCCCCUCGCUGGCCCCGCCCCUUUAUGCAAUAUUCCUGCACGCAUCCUUCGGCUCCGAAUGGUGAAGUCAGUACAACCCUCGUAUUUGCACUGACGAGAGGUCGACGAAUUAUUGAAAAUUACAGAAAUAUUUAAUCAUAACAUUUAUUAAUCAGCGAUUAUCUUCAUAAUUUAACUUUCAAUCGAACCGGCGGCGUGCACGACAUCAAGUCCGAGUCAUCGGUCGGCCGGUUUGCCGAUUUCCGCGUCCCAAGAGGACUUCAACCCGAAGACAACCGGGCCCAGAGUUAAGUUGAGUGGACGCACGCUGACGAUGACCCACUGGUAAAGAGAAUAGGGACAUGUACGCGUCCGAGAAGAUGAUCAACUCGAAGCCGCCGAGCCUGCAUCCGACCAGUCUGACCGGACCUGGCUCGUGCUUCACGGGCGGUAGGUAUUCGCCCACCUACCGUUCGCCAGCCGACCCCAUGAGAAGAUGCAUGGCCAACACGACUUCUCGAAUCUUGGAGGACGUGUGUGGAAGCUGGUCUCCGAGACACAAUGGUGACAUUUUCGGCGGGUUGAACGAUGGUUUGCUCAGCAGGGCUGAGGCCUUGGCAGCCGUCGACAUCUCCAAGCACCAAGCCUCCUCGAAUCCGGGAGGCCUGCCGCAGCUGAAGCACGACAUGAUGUACCACCCUGGCAUGCAGCACCCUUCCAACACGAGGCAUCAGGUCGGCGACUUCAAGAUGGGCCACCCAGGAAUGGACUCGCUGGAGAUGAUGGAACCCAUCACAUCCACGUCGAUGACUACGUUGUCGCCGAUGAGCGACGCAGGCACCAACAACAGCGGAACAAAUACGACCAGCACCGGUGGCGGUGUCCACCCCCAUUACCCUCAUGUCAACUCCAUGAUGGCCUCUCACCACCACCACCCUCACCAUCCACAUCACCACCACCACCACCAGCUGGCAGCAAUAGCAGCGGCCGGCAACUCGGUGGGUCUGGGCCACGGUGGCGGCGCAGGCUCCGGCGUGAUGGGCCAAGGGGGCGGCGGCAACUCGUCGUCCACAUCGGCCGUGGCCGCCGCACACGCCGCCGCAGCUGCGGCUGCGGCCGCGCACGCAGCCGCCGCCGCGCACGCCGCGGCCACGGCGGCAAUGCACGACUCGGACACAGAUCCUCGCGAGCUUGAGGCGUUUGCCGAACGCUUCAAGCAGCGACGCAUCAAGCUCGGCGUCACGCAGGCCGACGUCGGCAAAGCACUCGCCAACCUCAAGCUCCCGGGCGUCGGCGCCCUUUCGCAGAGCACCAUCUGCAGGUUUGAGUCUCUCACCCUGAGCCACAACAACAUGAUCGCACUGAAACCAAUAUUGCAAGCCUGGCUAGAGGAGGCUGAAGCGCAGGCCAAAAACAAAAGGAGGGAUCCUGACGCACCUUCAGUCCUUCCAGCAGGAGAGAAAAAGAGGAAAAGGACAUCAAUAGCGGCACCAGAAAAAAGAUCGUUGGAGGCUUAUUUUGCCGUGCAGCCGAGGCCGUCAGGAGAAAAGAUCGCCGCCAUCGCCGAGAAACUGGACCUGAAGAAGAACGUGGUGCGUGUGUGGUUCUGCAACCAAAGGCAAAAGCAGAAGCGAAUGAAGUUCGCCGCGCAACACUGACAGCACGACGGUAGCGUGUCGUCAGGCGGGGGCCGCUACCACACUCACCACCAGGGCAGCGCGCACUACCAGCAGAUGACGGCCGUGAUGGCCGCGGCCGCCGUGGUGGCCGCCUCCGAGCAGCACCAGCAGAACUGAGCAGUGCGGGCGGAGGGCGUGUGCGUUACGAGUCGGUGUACGUGUGAUGAUGAUGAUGAUCUCACUCGGUGUCAAAAACAGCUAAAGUACUCGAUCCCUUUUUAAACGAAACAAUUAUUCUUUUUCCGGCAUCGCCUAGUCUCUCACUCGUGGAAACCCUUUUCGCAAUAAAAAGACAUGAAAAUAACAUAUUUGCCGAAAUGUUACAGACGAAGCUAAAGUGGGAUAUUAUUAUAUUGAAUAAUCAAUUUUAAGUCCUGACGAUGGAGGUGAAACUUGAGAAGCAAUCGUGGUACAAUUGAGCGCUAUUCAACUUGUAAAACGUCAUAGUGGUUCUCUAAAGGUAUCAUUGUAGAUUUAGGCAUGCUUAGCCCGCUCUCGCUUUUGUUGCAAGGAACAGCAUGAUAAAUUACUUACAAGCUCUUUCGACUCACUUAGGUUCUUGAACGCGUUUGAAAGUUCCUUGCAACAGAAGGGGGAACAAUACUUAUUUGGAGAGCGCAAUAACAGAUGUUUAACCGGUCUAAAAGAACCCCUGCAGCAAAGUUCAGUUAAUUGAUCUCAGAUUUUGAAUGUGAAUCCGAAUUAAAGCAAUUCCAGAAAGUAUAAA